UGGUCCUGUUAUCUUUGGCCCUUCGCUUUUAUGUAGUUUUGUUUCCCAAGUUCAUAUAUCAUCAUCAGUUCAUUUAAUAUAGUGAAAAUGGCAUCUGAUACGGGAGGUGUGAAGGCUUUCCCUAUUCAGGGCCGUAUGGCCCGGGAAAGGGAAAGGUUACUUGGUAUGACCGACAGUGAACGAGCCUGGAGACGUAAAUGGCUGAAGGACCAAGAAUUAUCUCCAAACGAACCCAGACAUGUCCCGGAAUACUAUAAGGAACGUUACAACCCUAUUCGUAGGGCAUACAAAAUGCCGUUGGAUCUGGCUUUUAAGCAGUUGAUACCUGUAUUGGGAGAACGAAGGGCAAACAUUUUUCGCUGGUUCACAGGAAAGUUCCUCAUGAUUGGCUUCGGGAUCUGUGCUACUACCUACUACUUUAAGUACAAUGCAAAUGACUGGACAAGGAAAGGAGGCUGGCGCGUGAUCUCUUCUCGGCAACCAGUUUUACCAGGUGAUCCUGAUUACCCAAAACUGUCGGAAAGAACAAAACCGGAGGACUACGCGGCUCGAGGCUUCAAGGAGGCACCGAUAUAAAUGUGUAUAUAUGGCUUAUAGUUUAAAGUUAUUGUUAAUAUUUUGUAGGCAAUAAAGAUUUUUGAGUUUCCUCACUCG